AGCUCUGCCUUGAACAUCAAUCGUCAUAUGACCCAUUCUAUUGAGUCGGCAAAGCUUGGGCCAUAUUUGUCUGUGCUAAAAUAGUUUCGUGGAGUGAGUGUGUGCAGAUAGUCAUCACAUUUUUUGGGACCUGUAAAUACUCCCACACUUCAUAUUCAAGAUGACUGACACAAAUCCCAUGUAUGGACCCUUCUUUGGAGUUAUGGGGGCGGCGUCUGCUAUUAUCUUUAGCGCGCUGGGAGCUGCCUAUGGAACGGCCAAGUCUGGCACGGGUAUCGCCGCCAUGUCGGUGAUGAGACCCGAGCUGAUCAUGAAGUCGAUCAUCCCCGUCGUCAUGGCGGGUAUUAUCGCCAUCUACGGUCUGGUCGUGGCUGUGCUCAUUGCUGGUUCCCUGGAACCGCCAGCGACUUACACCCUCUUCAGAGGUUUCAUCCACUUGGGAGCCGGUCUGGCCGUCGGUUUCUCUGGUCUGGCCGCCGGGUUCGCCAUAGGCAUCGUGGGUGAUGCCGGUGUGCGCGGUACGGCUCAACAGCCCAGGCUAUUCGUCGGAAUGAUUCUUAUCCUCAUUUUCGCUGAAGUGUUGGGUCUAUACGGUCUCAUUGUCGCCAUCUACCUGUACACGAAACAGUAAAUCUGCCCGCACACUCCUCGCGCGCCUCCGAGCUCUAUGCCCCCACUCGUGAUCUAUGCUCAGUAUCAGUAUCUCGCGCACAUCGUCGCCGGUAGCGUCGCGCAUAGCGCUCGAGGCACUCCGUCUGUAUAAAUGUUACAUCCCAAUAUUAUAUCGAUUAUAAUGUUUACUAUAUUUCGAAUCGCAUAUCUCCGGCACGGUGCGGCUUCGAUGCUGCGGCCGCGUCGCGCCCCGAGACGCGACUGUAUCAUAAAUAAUUAUUUAAUUAAUUAAUGUAUUCGUAUCCACAAUUUGAUUCAACGUAACCAUGACGCUACCGAGCGACGACUAAAUUAUUUAUUCUUAAUUUAUUUGCGAACCCUCCCACAUCUUCGCGACUGAUCCGCCACAUAUCAGUUGAUUUGCGUGACCACCCAUCGCGAACGAACAGUUACAGACGAUAUCAAUUUUAGAUUAUUUUAGCGUUAAGGCGAAACUAAUGUACAGUUAGAGUAGAAAUUUAAGUCCAAACGAGUUAUAUUAAAAUAAUUUAUGAACCGUUGAACCCACAAGGUACUAUGUACCGACGUCUUCUUGAGAGUUUAAGGUUGAACCUGGCUUAUGUGUACAUGCUAUACAGCUUUAAGUGUUAUAGUGCUGUGCCCAUCUUACUACUUGUAAUGCGCGUAUCCUUGUAACGCUGUUUUAUCCGAAAUAUAUUGAGAGCAAGUCACAAACAAUGUAUUGCCAGGUAUCAGUUAAUAAACAUGAUUUGUACAUUCCAUAUUAUUUUGUUUCUACUUAAUUGUUUGUGUGUUUUAUUUACCUCUUACGAUCUUCAAAAUGAGCGAACAAGAUACUUAAUGUUAAGAAUGCAGAUGCUUCAUGACAGCGCACUGUCGUAUUAUAUAAAACUAUAUUUAUAUUAAUCUAAUUAUAACAUUUCUGACGACUUACUAUGUGAAAUAUAUUCAAAAUAUUUUUAUGUAUACCUCAUAGUCGAAAUGAUGUUUGAAUGAAUAUAAAUUGGUAAGUAAACUAAAUACAAAUAGGUAAAAUUGUAUUUUAUUUUAGGUUUCAUGUUAGAGAAUGUUAUAAUCUUUGGUGUUAUUGAAUGAAUUGUGUUAAUAAAAUAUUUUGAAAAGUACUGUAAAUUAUGAA